AUGUUUCUGGGCUUACCCGAAUUUGUCCUUUCUCCUUCCCCUUCGUUUGUGCCUAGAUUUGGGAAAGUUGGAACAGAAGGAGCUCGAGAAGAGCAUGAAAGAGGUCGUGCGAUUGCACAGAUUGCGGUGACGGAUACUUUGCCCCCUGAUAGGCACCCGGAGAGGCAGCUCAAGGCUUCUUUUAAGGCUUUUGAAGAAGCUGAGCUUCCAAGAAAUCUCCUGACAACCCGCUUAACCAGGUUGCUGAUAAAUCAUGAGUGCAUCAUUGCUUUUAAGAAGCCUGGCAAUCUUUCUUUGGGAUUAGUGGAAAGCAAGCAGAAUUUUAGGAUUGAAGAACGCAGAGAGAUUGGAAAAAUCCAACCACCAGAAAGAAUGACUGUUGUCUUAGCUUUUGAGAAUGCACUUUCUAGUGGUACAUUGCUUCUUGAUCCUUGA